GUUUGUCAUGAAGGUAAAUGAUUGACAUCGCAGCGUGACACUGAUUUAUGGGUAAGUUGUUCCUCCCCAACAAGUGGAGUGAAGAGUAAAAACACUCUCAGGUCUCUUCACUCCGUUUGGUGGAAGCUGAAGUGAAGCACCAAGCUCCUUUUCUACAGACCUGCUGAGGACAGAAGAGAGCUGCUCACUGAGGAAGAUCAUGUCUACAAGAUCACAGGUUGUUGUGAAGGUGUGAAGGUGUGGACUCUGCUAUGAAUCAGGCUGAGGACCCAGAGGAGGGAGUUCCUCCCUCUGAAGCUCCUCUGUGUGGGGAACAUGACAGACAGACCAAAGCUCAGAGGACCCAUAAGAGACUAGGACCUGGUCCUGGAUCUGGAGCUGAACGCAGCAAUGUGUCCAUGAAGAGUGACUGGUUUAUGGAUCAUCCAAUAGACUUCAAAGGUGGCCGUCCCUCUGCUAAUGAAAGUUCACAUCAGCUGAGAGGAAAGUCUCCUGAACCCAGCUGUGUGUCCAUGAAGAGUAAUCACUCUAAAGUUCUUCCGAUUAGCUUCAAAGAUGGACACCAUACUUAUGACCUAGAAGAGGACCAGGAAAGCUCAGAGGUUCCCACAGAUCAGUCUGCCGAGCAGCAUCAAACACACCUGGAGCUGGCUGACUCUCUGCAGAGCAGACUUCAUGCUCCAGUUUGUCAGCGUGAACUCAAAUCCAACCUGAAGAAGAAGUUCCAGUGUGUGUUUGAGGGAAUCGCUAAAGCAGGAAACCCAACCCUUCUGAAUGAGAUCUACACAGAGCUCUACAUAACAGAGGGAGGGACUCCAGAGGUCAAUGAAAAACAUGAGGUCCGACAGAUUGAAACAUCCAGGAAACCAGCCACACCAGAAACAACCAUCAGACAAGAAGACCUCUUGAAAGUUGGAGGAGAGGAACCAAUCAGAACAGUGAUGACUAAGGGAGUGGCUGGCAUUGGAAAAACAGUCUUAACACAGAAGUUCACUCUGGACUGGGCUGAAGACAAACACAACCAGGACAUAGAGUUCACAUUUCCAUUCACCUUCAGAGAGCUGAAUGUGCUGAGAGAGAAGAAGUACAGCUUGGUGGAACUUGUUCAUCACUUCUUCAGUGAAACCAGAGCAGCAGGAAUCUGCAGGUUUGAAGAGUUCCAGGUUGUGUUCAUCUUUGACGGUCUGGAUGAGUGUCGACUUCCUCUGGACUUCCACAACAAUGAGAUCCUGACUGAUGUCACAGAGUCGGCCUCAGUGGAUGUGCUCCUCACAAACCUCAUCAGGGGGAAGCUGCUUCCCUCUGCUCGCCUCUGGAUAACCACACGACCUGCAGCAGCCAAUCAGAUUCCUCCUGAGUGUGUUGGCAUGGUGACUGAGGUCAGAGGGUUCACUGACCCCGAGAAGGAGAAGUACUUCAAGAAGCGGUUCAAAGAUAAAAAGCAGGCCAGCAGCAUCAUCUCUCACAUCAAGACCUCACGAAGUCUCUAUAUCAUGUGCCACAUUCCAGUCUUCUGCUGGAUCACUGCUACAGUUCUGGAGGAGGAGUUGAAGACCAGAGAGGAAGGAGAGCUGCCCAAGACCCUCACUGAGAUGUACAUCCACUUCCUGGUGGUUCAGUCCAAAGUGAAGAAGGUCAAAUACGAUGGAGGAGCUGUGACAGAUCCAACUUGGAGUCCAGAGAGCAGGAAGAUGAUCGAGUCUCUGGGAAAACUGGCCUUUGAUCAGCUCCAGAAAGGCAACCUGAUCUUUUAUAAAUCCGACCUGACAGAGUGUGGCAUCGAUAUCAGAGCAGCCUCAGUGUACUCAGGAGUGUUCACUCAGAUCUUUAGAGAGGAGAGAGAACUGUACCAGGACAAGGUGUUCAGCUUCGUCCAUCUGAGUGUUCAGGAGUUUCUGGCUGCUCUUCAUGUCCAUCGGACCUUCUUCAGCUCUGGUGUCAUUCUGCUCUCAGAAGAACAAACAACAUCCCAAUGGGCGAAAGUAUUUAGAGACAAACCUAAACCAAAACGUCUCUACCAGAGUGCUGUGGACCAGGCCUUACAGAGUCCUAAUGGACACCUGGACUUGUUCCUCCGCUUUCUCCUGGGUCUUUCCCUGGAGACCAAUCAGACUCUUCUACGAGGUCUGCUGACACAGACAGGAAUUAUUUCAAAUCAGAGAACCGUCCAGUACAUCAAGGAGAAGAUCAGUGAGAAUGUGUCUCCAGAGAAAAGCAUCAAUCUGUUCCACUGUCUGAAUGAACUGAAUGAUGGUUCUCUAGUGCAGGAGAUCCAACUGUCCCUUAGAUCAGGAAGUCUCUCCACAGAGAAACUGUCUCCUUCUCAGUGGUCAGCUCUGGUCUUCAUCUUACUGUCAUCAGAAGAUCUGGAGAUGUUUGACCUUAAGAAAUACUCUGCUUCAGAGGAGGCUCUUCUGAGGCUGCUGCCAGUGGUCAAAGCCUCCAACAAAGCUCUACUCGAUGGCUGUAACCUCUCAGAGAGAAGCUGUGAAGCUCUGUCCUCAGUUCUCAGCUCCCAGUCUUCUAGUCUGAGAGAGCUGGAUCUGAGUAACAACAACCUGCAGGAUUCUGGAGUGAAGCUUCUGUCACCUGGACUUGAGAGUUCACACUGUGACCUGAAGACUCUCAGCCUGUCAGGCUGUCUGAUCACAGAGGAAGGCUUUGCUUCUCUCGCCUCAGCUCUGAGCUCUAAACCCUCACACCUGAGAGAGCUGGACCUGAGCUACAACCAUCCAGGAGACUCAGGAGUAAAGCUGCUCUCGGCUGAACUGGAGGAUCCACACUGGCGACUGGAGACUCUCAGGGUGGAGCCUGCUGGAGUCCGAUGGUUGACACCAGGUCUGAGGAAGUAUUCCUGUGAACUCACAAUCGACACAAACACAGUACACAGAGAACUCAAACUGUCUGACAACAACAGGAAGGUGACAUGUGUGAACGAGGUUCAGUCAUAUUCUGAUCAUCCAGACAGAUUUAACAUCUGGCCUCAGCUGCUGUGUAGAACUGGUCUGACUGGUCGCUAUUACUGGGAGGUCGAGUGGAGAGGAAAAGUUUAUGUAUCAGUGAGUUACAGAGGAAUCAGGAGGAAUGGAGACCGUGAUAACUGUUUGUUUGGAAUGAAUGAUCAGUCCUGGAGUCUGAAAUGCUCUUAUAAAGGUUACUCUGUCUGUCACAAUAAGACAGAAACACGCAUCACCUCCUCCUCCUCCUCCUCUGGUAGAGUAGCAGUGUAUGUGGACAGUCCUGCUGGCUCUCUGUCCUUCUACAGAGUCUCCUCUGACACACUGAUCCACCUCCACACCUUCAGCACCACAUUCACUGAACCUCUUUAUCCUGGGUUCUUGCUCUGGCCUGUUCCUGGUUCCUCAGUGUCUCUUUGUUGUCUGGAGGAGGGAGAGUCUCCUGGUGCAGAACCUUCCUCUCUGCAGGAGGGAGUGUCUCCCCCUGGUGGAGAACCUUCCUCUCUGCUCACCACAUAGUUCAGUCUGUACAGCUGAUGUAGGUUCAUGUGGAUGUAGAUGCAGGUGGAGCAGGUGAGGGGUACCUGAGCUGGUCUGGACUCUGGGGGUCCACAGCUCUCUGGGACUUGCGGUGUUGAACGUCUGAAGGAGCUCAGUGAGGUGUGUUUUAAUGUUUCUGUGCUCGUUGCCUCUGGGGAUGAAUCAAUAGAUCCUCAUUUAGAUAUUGGGACCUAUUUAGGGUUUAACCUUUAAAUGUCACAAUGUUCAAGAAGAAAUUUAAAAAAGGUCUGUCAUCUGCGUCAAUAUAAGACGAUAAAUUUGUAUGAAAAAUUGUCCUUGUUUGUGUCUGUGCCACAUUAGCAAUAGCGCUACUAUUUUCAAGGAUUGUUUGUGAUAUAUGAAUAUGAAUGUGUAAUUUUUUUCAACCAAUUUUAUCUUCAAUACAGAAUAUUAAAAAAAAAAC